UUGAAAACAAUUAUUUCUUGAUUAGCUUAUUAGCAGCGUCACCUUUUAUUUCGAUCUCUGGAUUUUGUUAUCUUUAAAUUUUUCUCUCAAUCAAUUCAAAUACUCACUUCUUACUCAUCCAAUUUAUCUCCAUCUCCAACAAAUUAAAGAUAAUAAUGGAAAUUGGCAAGGAGCAAGUCGGUUCAUCUUCAUCAUCUCUAACCCAAGAUGAUCUUUCUGCUCCUAAGGAUUCAUCCCAGCCCCCAGGGAUUUUCUCCUUACUUUUCCCACCUCCUGUGAGGAAACCCCCACCCCCCUCUUCACACCUCAUGGAAUGUCUUGACAAGCAGUUAUAUGAAUUUCAAGCAUGGAAGAAAGGACCACAAGAUGAUAUGACUAACGGUGCAGAUUGCAACACAACAUUGCAUGAUAGAUCAGCACCGUCCCCAUUGUCUUCAUCAGUUUACUAUGGCUCAAAAGAGGACAUGUACAUCAAGCCAAAAGGUGCACAAUCAAUGCCUAAGAAGAAGGAAUAUGAUCCCAAAGGAAACAACUCACAUAGUGUCUCAGAAGGGAACUGGUGGGACGGGUCACUUUAUUAUUGAGACUGUGAGACACUUUUCUCAGGGGGUCUCAAUUCGUCAUUUGGAUCCGGGCCUCCAAAUUCUUUAGACGACCCUGCUUUCGAGUUGUAUGGAAUUCUUUUAAAUGUUAUCAAAUUGGAUGUUGGAUGUUUGAGUAUCAAUAUUUAGCUUGAAUCUUUCACACUUUUGAACACCUACUAGUUUAAAGGCCUCCUCAAUCCCAAAUCACAAUUCAACACUUUUGGUGGCAAUAUGAACACUUUCCUCUCUAGUAAUAUACUUAUCCUCUUAAGAUGGCAAUGAGAGUUCUUGUCUAAUGAUUUUCUUUUCUCAAGGAUAGGAACGGUUGCGGCUUAUAGGAAGAUAGAAUAACAACAUAGAUGUCCAUUAAGUAAAGGAAAUAAAUUCUAAGUUAAAGGCAUCCCAUUGGCUUAAUUGGUUGGGAAAGACGUUCAUUUUAACUUUAUUUCUAAAUAACCUUUUGUUUUCAAAGAGG